UGUCCCCACCACUUCUAAUAAUUCAUUAAAACCCCUUUCCAACCCUUUCCUUAUAAAUCAUCCCAAUCUUUUCUUCUUUCUUCCAACAAACUUUUCAUAUAUGUCACUCAUGGAGAUUAAGUCUACCCUAACCACCUACGUCCUUCUCUUCAUUCUCCUCCUUGCUCUCUCUCCUUUCUCAACAGGGGAAUCUGAAGCGUUGCAUUCGGAGAUAUAUGAGAUUGAUUAUAGGGGUCCCGAGACACACUCUUCCAUUAUUCCUCCACCUCAUCACUUCCAUGUUGGUAAGCCACAUUCAACUACUCCUCAUAAGGGCUCUCAUAGAGGAACUAAAGCUUUGAGGGACUAUGGUUACCCACAAAACAAGGUUAAGAAAGUACAUGGGUGAUGAUGAGAAAGCUUUAAAAAUUAAAUGGGUCAUUACUUUGAUUUGUGCUCUCAAACAGAAAUAUUUUGAGUUGUGUAAAGUUGAGAUAUGGUAUCAUGAUGGUUUGUUUGCUGACGUGUAUAAUUGGUAAUAGAAAGGAAAAAAAACAUUUAAAUAAAUAUAUAAUUUUUUAAGUAGUUGGACUGAUU